GUCAUUUUACCACACAGUAAAAUUAGCAGUGUAGAAAUCAAAGUGUUAAAUGUUAUUAAUUCCAAGAGUGUUAAAUAAACAAUUUACAGUGUUAAUGGGUACUCGUUUGGAGUGUAGCUACAGAGGGGCUGCGUGGUGUAAUUUUAUUUUUACUCUGAAAGUGCAAAACACCAGCCAAAUGAUCUUGACUCCUCCCCUCAAUGACUGUUGCUGAAGACGAAGACGCCAUUUUAUGUUCUUGCAAGCAGAAGGUAGGUUAACUGUCUGUCUUUCUCUAUUUUAAAUAAUGUAUAAUAAAAAUAUAAAUGAUGUCAAAAGGGUUUUGAAAUGACUAUUUAAAUGUAUUUGCCAGGUUUAAGGAUGCUUAUCAAAGUUAAGUUCAGAAGUGAACAGAAAUAUGUAAAAGUUUCUCACAGCGAUUUGAAACUUUCUGAUUUUCUGGACGAAGCAUUUAUAAAGUUCGGGAUUGCCGCCUCCAGUCGGGCUGAGGCGAGGCUUUAUGAUGAGUCUGGCACUGAAGUUGAUGACGACGUUUUCGAGGAGGUUCUGAAGCAGCCGAAUUUGGGCGUUUUUAUGCUCAAAGUGGAUAAUUCUUCUAAUGAAACCGAACUGAGCAAGAUUGCUUCAGCAUCAAGUGAAGAAAGCUCAACAGCACAAUAUGAAUCUGAUGACGCUGUUCUUCUGAGUGAUGAUAGCGCUACAAGAAAAAGAAGAGCUGAAGAUGAAGCUGGAAGUCUGGUCCAAAAGAUCUUGCAGACCAAACCUGGUGGGGAUGCAAUCAUCAGAGAAUACAACAAAACCAAAAGUUUGUCUGACAGCACCAGGAAAAAGAUGAUCAACAUUCUUACUGCAGAUAUGACUGAAAAGCACAGCACAUCUCCCCCCAAACACAUAAGAGAAAUGUAUGCUCAAGGAAUUGUUGCCCUGUUUCCAUAUCUUCGGGAUCCUUAUACAAAGCAUGGAUAUGAACAUUAUUAUGACCCCAAAAGUGGACAAGGGUACUUGUCUUGGAAAAUUAAGAACAUUCAGAGGAACAGUGCACCAUCAGAGACCCGUAGAUGAUUCUCCCAGUCUUUCAGUGGUGGCCCAAAGGCGCAGAGAGACACUUCAUCCAGCUCAGGGGUUAUCAUGACAGAAGAACAGUGUAGGGAAGCUAUUUCUCUACUGAAGCAUACUUCAGAGGCAGACACAGUAAAGGCCAAAAUGAAGGAGACAUUUCAGUAUCGUCGUAAGAUGAUUCAUGAUCCAAGCAGAUGUGCUGAAGUGCUGACUGAAUUUCCCCGUUAUCUGGACAUUAAAGGCCUGGUUGAGCUGGAUUUCGUUUUGAUUUUUGGGGAAAAGACUUCAGCUAAGUUUUUGGAAAGGUGGCCAACUGUAUUCAUGCAGAAGGUCAUUCAACAAAGCAAAGGCCUUCACUUCUCUCAAGAACUUCAGGACCUGAUUGAUUCUGCAGAAUCGGCUGUGGGCAGUGAAACCGAUGUUGAAGGAUGGGGCAGAGAUCUUGCUUCAAUUAUUCUCUUACUUCAUUUAAUUCCACCGUCACCACAAGGCCGCAAGAGACCUGGAAAAAUGUCUGCAUCUCAAGCUGAGAAACACCUUGUCAUCUUCAAAAAAGUGGGGACGAACAUUCAGGAACACCUUGAUUCCAUUGAAGAGAGGACACAGCCAUACCUGCUAGCAGUUGGAACGAAGAAAAACAGCAUUCAUGGAUACUACAUAAUUCUUGACAAGAAAGCCAUACCAUGCAAGUCAGUGAGUGGUCUGGGUGCCUUUGACGAACUGUUCAAGGCACACUUUGUUUUUGGUGUGUCUUACAGUAAUGUGCUUAACAACAUGUACACCUUCAUACAAACAACCAUUUUUGAGAUUGAUAUUGGCCAGGUGAAAGAGAGUCCAAGAGUUGCUGAGCUCAGAGCCAGAUUCAUGCGUUAAGAGUUUUCUAAGUAAAAAUGAUUUGUUUUGUCUGUUUUUGCUUCCUGGAGAAUACAAAUGUGCUUGUGCGACAUCUUAAGUUAGUUCAUGGACUGUUAUCUGGCAAAUCACUUUGUCUAAAAUGUGGUCAGGCAGGAUGUUGUUUGGAAUUUGGUACCUUUUCAGGAUUUCGCAAACACUUGCAUAGAGUUCAUGAACAAAGUAAUGACGUUCCAGUAGAUGUUAGUGAUAGUGCUGUUGUUCAUCAUACAGCUGUUGAACUGUCAAGUAAUAUUGAUAUGGCUUCAUGUUCAAAUGAUAGUUCUUUGCCAUUAUCCAAUAAAAACACCACUGAUUUGUGCGCAUCAGCAAUAGCACAAUUGCAGGCUGCAGGUGUCAGUCAAAAUACCAUUAAUACUUUUGUUAUGUCUAUGGAAGAAGUAGUUCAGGACAUCCAGGACCAAGUAAAAGAGACCGCUUUAAAUUGCUUAUCUUCACAGAAUACAGACAUUAGAAGUACAAUUGAACAGUCAUUUCAAGAAAUUGAAAACCCUUUCACCGCACUAAAUUCUGCGUGUAAACGGAACUCCUAUUUUACAACAAAAUGGGCAAUUGUUCAGCCUGUGGAGAAGGUACUUGGGGUUAGAUUUGACAACAGAAAAAACAAGACUACUGGUUUAUAUGAGCAAGUUCCAGUGACUGACAAGUUUGCUUAUGUUUCAAUUAAUCAAACCUUGCAGGGCAUUUUAAAACACCCAAAGACCUCAUACAGGUUUAAGUCUGGUCUACCUAAAAAAGAUGGUAUUUACACUGACAUUGAAGACGGACUAUACAUAAAGAGCCAUCCCCUGUUUUCCAAGGGAAAAAAUGCACUUCAGAUUCAAUUGUUUUAUGAUGACUUUGAGACUGCCAAUCCAUUGGGAUCAAAAAAGGGAAUUCACAAAUUGGGGGGUAUAUAUUUUUCUUUGAGAAACUUCCAACCACGUUUUAAUUCAUCUUUAGCAAACAUACAUUUAUGUGCACUUUUUCAUGCUCAAGACAUCAAAACCUAUGGAUUUGAUGCAAUUUUAGAACCUGUUGUCAAUGAAAUAAAAGUCCUUGAGACAAAAGGAAUAGAAGGACCCAACGGUUAUGUACGUGGCAGCAUUGUCCAAGUAACGGGAGAUAAUCUGGGUUUACAUUGCCUUUUUGGAUUUGUUGAAUCAUUUAGAGCUCGGAAUAGCUGUAGGUUUUGUCUUGCUGAAAGGGAAGAUUAUCAAACCGUAUUCUGUGAAGAUGAGCCCAAUGUAACCUUCCGCACUAAAGAGUCACACCUGAGACACUGUGAAGCUGUGCAAUCAGACCCAGCGCUACCUCAUGUUUAUGGCGUGAAACGCAAAUGUUUGCUAAACACUCUGCAAUACUUCAAUACAUCGGACAAUUAUUCUGUAGACAUAAUGCACGAUGAUUUAGAGGGCAUUGCGCAGUUUGAAUUAAAACUUAUUUUGUGUUAUCUGCAAACCAAUUUUUUGACCGCCAAAGAGUUAGAUGGCAGACUGCAUUCAUUUAAUUAUGGGUACAUGGAGAAGAAGAAUCGGCCUCCUGCUGUAAAACUUGUUGAGGAGAGCAAUGAUCUGGGUAUAAAUGCAAUACAGUGUUGGUGUCUACUCCGGAAUGUGCCAUUAAUAUUUGGUGACAUUAUGCCCCACGAUGACAAACACUGGCAGCUACUACUGCUUUUACUACAAAUAGUAAACAUUGUAUUUUCUCCUAUCUUAACUGAGGGCCUUACAAUUUAUUUGACACACUUAAUUGCCGAACAUCACAGGCUUUUCAAGUGCUUAUUUCCAGGCAAGAACCUCCUGCCUAAACAUCAUAUAAUGAGUCAUUACCCCCGGUGUAUACGAAAUAUUGGGCCUAUUAUUCACAUGUGGUCCAUGCGGUACGAGUCCAAACAUAAUUUCUUUAAGACACAACAAAAAUGUUUUAAGAACAUCACUCUGACACUUGCAAAAAAACAUCAGAAUUGCAUGGCAUUUGCCUGGGAAGCCUUCAACCAUGACAGAUUAGUGCUCGGGCCAGGAAAGAUGGUCUCUCUCUGUGACUUCAGUGAAAAUGUUCAGAUUGCAUCCAAGUUAAACAUUCCUCUUGAAACUGACAUUCUCUCAGUAAAGUGGGUGAAGUAUAAUGGAACUGAGUAUCGUUCUGGUUUAAUUGUUUGUGGUGAAGUAGACAUUGAUUUGCCAGUGUUUUAUAAAAUCAAAGAUAUUAUAGUUAGAAAUGAAGUUGUGAUACUGGUUGCAUCACAGCUCAAAACUAUUUGCUUUGAUGAUCACCUUUAUGCCUAUAGAAUUGAUCCAAGACCAAGUGAAUCUUUGAAUGUCUUCAAUGUCAAUGAACUUGUUUAUUACAAACCCUUUGAUAUGCAGAUGUCCUAUGGGUCUGAUAGUUCCUCUUGGUUUGUUGUGCCUUACUGCACUUUUGUUAAAAUCUAGAAUGAAUGGUUUUAUUGUAAACUUAAUGAUUUUGUCUUUUAUC